AUGGCUUCCUUCCUUAUGAACCAGAUCAAUCCACAAGCCGACCCCCCGCACCACGGCGGAGCAACUGAAGCCGACGAAGUCGAAUACGACCGUUUGCGCGGCCUCGCGCGCGAAGAAGCUCAAAAACGCGGCCGCUGCUUUGACCGGUCCCGUGCUGCCUAUGAAGCGGGCGACGGUGCAGCGGCCCAUGAACUCAGCGAGGAGGGCAAGCGCCAUGGCGCACAGAUGGAGGCCUACAACGCGCAGGCGCGUGACUUCAUAUUCCGCGCAAAUAAUGCACACCAGCCAGAGGAUACGAUCGACCUGCAUGGGCUAUAUGUAGAGGAAGCGGAAGAGAUUCUGGAAACGCGGUUGAGGACUGCGAGGCAGCGUGGCGAUGACCAUAUCAAUGUGAUUGUUGGCAAGGGGAACCAUUCGGCGGGUGGGAUCGCGAAGAUCAAACCUGCCGUCGAGAAGAUUCUUAGGGCCCAGGGGCUCCAAUUUAAUAGUGAGCAGAAUGCGGGCAAGAUUAUUGUACAGUUGAGAGAGGGUGGUGGAGCCGGACAGGGGUCUGGUGGAUAUGGCGGGCAUCAGGAGCAGCAGCAACAGCAGCAGCAAAACUACCAGCAAGGCGGGCGGUACCAGAAACAUCAUCAACAGCAACAGCAACAACCGCAACAGCAUCACCAGCAACAGCAACACCAGCAGCAGCAACACCAGCAGCAACAAUACCCCCAGAACCAGUACCAGCAGCAGCAAGGGCAGGGGCAGGGGCAGGGGCAACAGCAGCCCGCCAACGAGCUGGAAGAAUUGGCGAAGAAGGCAGCGCCUAUCUUCAUCAAGAAGCUCCAGGGCUGCUGUAUUAUCAUGUAA